GAACCAUUCAGUUCUUACUAGUACGGAUCGGCCGCAAACUGCCCCUCGUUGGACAUGCUUCAAAAGUUUACGGGAAUGUGCUCCAAAAGAACAUAUGAGAGCGCGCUGAAACUCCUCGAGACCAGGAGGAGAGCUGCAAGGCCCAGACAUGUCGCCAACGCCAUUCCCAACCUGCACUCUGCCGAUAAGACGCCCACUGAAGCUCGCUCGUCUUUACGAGGGACACCAAGCAUAACAGGCAUGGGAGACUGGCUUAAAAAGAUUGGCUAUACGGACGCCGACGUAGCAGCCUUGAACAUUGUACACGUUGCUGGCACAAAAGGCAAAGGCAGCACUUGUGCUUUUGCUCGAUCACUUCUACAGGAAUGGAGCAAGAGAAAUCGAUUCCCCAACAAAAUCGGUCUCUACACUUCACCUGAUCUUACUUGCAUUCGAGAGCGGAUCCAAAUUGACGGGCAACCUAUCUCAGAGGAGUUGUUCACGAAGUACUUUUUCGAGAUCUGGGACCAGUUGUUCUCACACCAGGAUAGAAUCUCUGCGGAGGACGAGAAACAGCCUCGGUAUCUACAAUUCCUGGCAUUGCUAGCCAUUCACACCUUCUGUCGAGAGGGAACCCAAGCAGCUAUCUUCGAGACUCACCAUGGUGGCGAAUAUGACGCUACGAAUGUUGUUUCUGCACCGGUUGUGACCGGAAUAACCACCAUUGGCCUAGAUCAUCUGGCACAACUAGGUCCCGAUAUUGAGGAUGUCGCUUGGCACAAGGCAGGUAUCUUCAAGAAGGGAUCUCCUGCUUUCUCUGCUCCACAAAUGCCCGCGGUCGAAGCUGUGUUGCGAUCUCGGGCAAUUGAAAAAGGCGUUCAGUUUGAGGUCGUCCCGGUCGAUCCUUCUCUACCUCGCAAUGCGAAUGCCUUGCGUCCGCAGGUGCAGCGAACCAACUGUUCUUUGGCUAUUGCGCUCGUCAAUGCUUUUCUCUCCAAAAAGAGCCCCGUUGACGAAAAAAAGCUUAGCAAGCAAGAUAUCGAAAAAGGUAUUGAGAACUUCUCAUGGCCCGGGAGAUUCGAGGUUAUCAAAACCCCCAGAUGUACAUGGUUUCUCGAUGGAGCUCACAACGAAUUGAGCAUAGGGCAGGCGGUUGAGUGGUUCGCCGAGAUGAAAACGAGUUCUUCUGUCCGUGAUGCUUGCCAACAAGGCUCUCCGUGUAUGGUGAUUUUCUCCCAUGUGUCGGAAGAGCGAGACGGACCGUCAUUGUUGAGAGCCUUAGCGAGGGCGCUUGAGCGAAACGGCAUACGAUCUCCUGAGAUGGUGUUUACGACGUACCAGGAACGGCGUGACGGAAAAAUUCGACGUGACAAGACCCUGAAGGCUCCGGACAACUCACUGACAGAGCUUCCCAAGCAGUACUGCGGCCUAUGGGAGUCGAUUCAACCAGGUGCAAGCACCAGGUUUUUACCUUCAAUUGAAGAAGCACUGGAAUUUGCAGACAGAGCCGGCUCUCAGCGGCGCGGUUUGCAAGUCUUGGUGACUGGUAGCUUGCACCUGGUCGGUGGCGCACUUUACUUGCUGCAACGGAGGAAGGCAGAAGGGAAUUGAUCGGUACUGCCACAAAUGUCCAAAUCGCCGAAAAGGUCGGACAUUCUCCGUCCCGAUACUUCUACGAUCUAAUCAAUGCGAGGCCAUCACCAUGGGCUGUCUACCUGAAGAAGGUCGUGUCAACAAGCAGUAUACAUCCUAGUGUUUCUAGGUUGGAAGCCUUCUCCGCGCGUUUAUGCUGACUAGUCUUGAGGCCCUCCUCACAGAGGAAGCGGCGUUGCGAAGCUUGGGCAGUUUUAUUGUCACCAUUUGCCGCUGCAUGUACUCCAGUGAAUCCCGCGAGACAUCUCCUUGCUAGUUUGCACGCAGCUUCUGAGAUUCUGUUUGAGCUCACAGAAGACCUUUCUCAAGAGAUGCAACUCUUUGAAAGAUGUCUCUUUGUUUGGGACGGACCUGACAUAUAUCCGUCCCUUCUGGAAAACAUUUGUAUGUCUUCAGAUUUUGGACCGCCAUUCAUCACUAAUAGCAGCGCCAGAUCGUUGAGGAGGCCUCGGGAACCUUAGCUGGUCCACGCCAAUCAAUCGCAUGACGCGAUGAGACACUGGAGACUAUCACGGUCGUUAAGACCCGGCUCGAGAAACGGGAACUGCUACUCCUUGGUGUGAAACUCAGUACCAAGCGAGCAAAGUAGUAUCCAGCGCCGACAGGACGCUCUGCUGUGGGUGCCCGUUUCCGGACGGGGCCUUGUGGCUUUACCCAGGCUCAAGAAUCUCACGGGGUAUGGUGCUCGGUCAGAGCCUCGCCAGAAUUCCUUUCUUACUUUCGAGCACUCCGACCCACAGCAUUCGAAUUGAUAUAAGCAGGAGGUUCGAUCCAAUAGACUUUAUUGUGACGAUCUGGUUCCUUGGACCCAGCCUAGUCUUUUUCUAGUGAGACCGUUGCAGUGUUCAGCGGAAAUUGCCUUGAGGCUUACAGACAUCCCUUUUUUC